AUGUACGCUCCCUCGCAGAAAGGCGGGGAUACUGCAAGUCUCGCCGCUCCACCCCUGCUCGACCACUCCCACCUUCGCCCAGGGAAAAGUGCUCUUCUUCUGAGUCAUGAUCGUACACUGGAGCUGUACCGUGCAAACGCGAAGAAGACGAACGACCCGGAACUGCAGUUCGAGUUCGCAGUUUUCAUGAUCGACGCGGCAAAGUCUCUCCCAACCACGGCCAUAUCGGCAGGGGACGCGUCCAAUCCCGUAGCACAAGAGAAAGCAGAGGCACGCCAAACUGAGCUGCUACGCGAAGCUCUGGGACUGCUUAAGCGCCUCGCCGACAGGGGUCACUCGCCGAGUCAGUACUUCCUCGCAGACUGCUACGCGAACGGGCUAGGCACUGCUCGGGGAAAACAGGAUUUCGACCGCGCAUACCCACUUUUUGUCCUCGCGGCAAAACACGGACAUCCCGAUGCGUCCUACCGUGCUGGCACAUGCUGCGAGAAUGGCUGGGGCUGCAGGCGCGAGAGUGCCAAGGCCGUCCAGUUCUAUCGCAAAGCCGCCGCAGCCCUUCACCCGGGUGCGAUGUACCGACUCGGCUUGGCAGAACUGAACGGCGAGCUUGGUCUUUCGCGCUCACCGAAGGAAGGCGUUAAAUGGCUGAAGCGUUCAGCAGAGCAUGCGACGCACGAGUUCCCCCACGCGUUGCACGAGCUGGCUCUGCUCCACGAGAGAGGAGUGGAGAAUGUCAUCUUCGUGGACUAUGCGUACGCGGCGGAGUUAUUGGCUCAGGCGGCAGAGUUGGGGUAUGCACCUAGCGCAUACAGACUAGGCGAGUGCUAUGAAUAUGGGAAGAUGGGCUGUCCGCAGGACCCAGCGUUGAGUAUACACUACUACAACAUUGCCGCGCAACAAAAUCACCGCGACGCAUGCUUCGCCCUAACCGCAUGGUACCUGGUCGGUUCUCCAGGUGUGCUUCCACAAAGCGAUACAGAAGCUUACCUGUGGGCACGGAAGGCGGCGGAGCAGGGACUGGCGAAGGCUCAAUAUGCGGUGGGCUACUUUUUGGAAGUGGGCAUUGGCGUACAGCAGGAUUUGCACGAGGCAAUUCAAUGGUACAAGAAAGCCGCUGAACAGAACGACAAGCGUGCCAUCCAAAGGCUUAGAAAUAAUGUCGCUGCUGCCGGGCCCAUCUCUCCCCAGGACGCAAUCUUGAGCCGGAAUGAGCAAGACACAGGGAAGGAUGGUGGGUGCAUCAUCAUGUGA